CUUACCACGUUGUUAAUUAUUGUAAGAAAAUUUUCUUUCGUUGAACGGGGGACAAUUUUGCUUCUUCCUCCUCUUCUCUCUUUCACUUUCAAUUCAAUUCCCAGAAAAACCAGACAAAGAUUGAAGAAGAAAAUCAUGUCGUCGGCGAUUUCUCAGCUGUCAUGCUUCUCUUCCAUUAACCGCAGUGUACGGAUCCGAACCAGAUCCUACGCCCGCUCUAACAAGGUAUUUAUUGUUAGGAGCAUUGAUGGACAUAGCACAGAUGUAUCCAACUCAGAGACUAAGACCGCUCCACAUUACACAGCAUAUGACUCUAAAUCACUUAAUGGAUGUAUGGAAAAAUCACAUCCCAUUACACAAGAACAUGUUGCAGGAGAAGCAAUGAACGAGCACACAAAAGAACAAGUUGUCAGUCAACCGAAAAGGGCAGCAAAGAUUCAUGAUUUUUGUCUUGGGAUUCCCUUUGGUGGGCUUGUUUUGGGUGGAGGGCUUGUUGGCUUUAUUUUUAGCAGAAACCUUGCUACUUUAAGUACUGCUGUUCUCUUUGGGGCUUCUCUAUUGGUCCUCAGCACUGUUAGCAUGAAGGUGUGGAGACAAGGAAAAUCCAGCUUACCGUUCAUACUAGGUCAAGCAGUACUCUCUGCCUCCCUAUUGUGGAAGAAUUUUCAGACCUAUACAUUGACCAGGAAAAUCUUCCCAGCAGGCUUUAAUGCUAGCAUCAGUGCUGCAAUGCUGUGCUUCUAUUUUUACGUGGUAUUAUCUGGAGGUAAUCCUGCACCAAAGAAGGUGAAGUCGUCAACUGCUGCUCCAUCAUAAUUGGAUUCCCAGUUUUGAGUUAGUUCUCAGUUUUAUUUUGGAAAAUUUUCCACCUGUUGGAACUCGAGGUGGUUUUCUCGAGGAGCUUUUUGCUGCUGUAGUGGAGUAGAGUCAACUAGACGACAUGUUAAAUAAUUCUUCUAUAAAAUGUGGAAAUGUACCUUCAGAUGUUUUCCUGAAUGUUGUGUUCGCUUAUCAUGUUCUGUAUAAUUCAUGUAUGAAUGAACACAUGACCCAAACGUGCUAUCUAUAAUCUUUUUAUGUAAUGUGCACUGAAAAAUGGAAUGUAAAGCUCUUCUUUUUGUUUUGUGGCA